CUGCAACAUAGUUUCUGCGUGGCUUGACUUUCAAACAUUAAGCCACAAGAAAAAACAAAACAAAAAAAGCAUUUAAUUUUUCUUUCUUGCUUUCAUUUUCUUCUUGUUUCUACCGAUCGAAGAUCUUCAUUGAAAAGAGAGAAGAGCUCAUGGCGUCUCCCACAGAGAACAGUAAUCGAUCUAGUAGUAGCAAAAAACCCCAUCUUUUGAAACCUUGUCUCACCUCCAUUAAUGAAUCUCAAGCUCAUCUUUGUCAGAAACGCUCAGCUCCUUCUCCUGACUUAGAAGCUCUUUCCACGAGUGUUACUUUCUGGGGAUGGAGGUAUCCACACAACAAGUUCAACUCUUGGGCUAGAAAAAUGUCAGCUUUACACGAACCCAUUUGGAGAAAAGCUGGGAUUUUUGAAGCAAUUUUAGCAUCCACUUACAAAAUCUUUAAGAACACAGAUCUUGUUAUGGGUAUUGCUGAGAAAUGGUGUCCUGACACCAACACCUUCGUUUUCUCUUGGGGUGAAGCAACCAUAACACUUGAAGAUGUUAUGGUGCUUUUAGGUUUCUCUGUUUUGGGUUCACCUGUUUUUGCUACUCUGGAUAGCUCAGGAAAGGAGAUAAUGGCGAAACUGGGGAAAGAAUGGCUGAAGAUUAAGAAAGAUAAAGGAACAUUUGUAACCCAAAUAGCAUGGAUAGAGAGAUUCAUGGACAGUGGUGAUGAGCUUGAGCAUUUAGCUUUCCUUGUCUUGUGGCUUAGCUACUUCGUGUUUCCAACACGCUAUUAUCAUAUCUAUGAAGCUAUUUGGCCAAUUGCUAUUCAUCUUUCAAACGGUACCAAGAUGGCUCUUGCUCCUGCUGUUCUUGCACACUUGUAUGCAGACCUAAGUCUCUUGAAAAAUCACAUUACAGCUUUAAGCGAAUCGCCUAUUAAGGUCGAAAUUGAUCUGAGUUCUUUGUGUAAGCUGGUCAAUGUUUGGAUUUGGGAGAGAUUCAGGGCACUACAAUCAAAACCCAAUCUGUUGUUAAAAGGUGAGCCAAGAUUGGCUCUUUGGAAUGACCUGAAACAGAGAACCAGCAAUGCAAAGCGGAUUCUGAACAACUCGAAAAUCGAUGGUUUUGAGUGGUGUCCAUACACAAAAACUGUGAAAAACUGGGACUUUCCUCAGUUUUAUCCUGAGAAAGCGACGUGGGUGACUCUUGUUCCCAACCGUGAUGAUGAAUUUAUCUCCUUUGCUCGAUGCAUUAUGGUGUCUCAGCUUGUUGGCAUUGACAGUUUGGAGCAUUACUAUCCCAAUCGGGUGGCUUCACAGUUUGGGAGGCUUCAGGAUGUGCAUUGUCCUGUUAACCGGAACAACCUCUCACGUGAGGCAGCUUGGAAUGAUUACUACAAGCCUCUUGAUGAUUUGGAAUUAUACAUUCCUUCCCGUUCUGCAAUAUCUUGUGAUACGCCAAUGUUCUGCGACAGUUGGAGAAAGAGGGUUGUUGGGUCAGCUAAAACAUUGAGAACCAGCAUAGGUGAUGACACUAGUUUUGUUCCAUCAGGCUCUAAGAUGAAUAGAAGAAGCGAGGAUGGAAGGAAGAUAGCUGAGGAUUCAACAAAAAAGAGACUUAAGUUCAUGAAGAGUGCUCGUAAGAACGAUGGGAGUACAAUGGGUCAGAAACAGGUUAUAUCAGACGAUGCUGAUGACGAUGAUAGCCUCACCGUUGCUCAAAUAACGACACUUUAUAAGAAGAAGUAUAGUGAGAACAGUGGAGGAAAUGCUUCUGAGCCGCUUGGUAAGAAAAUAAGACUUGAGGCAGAUAACAAUGGUUUAGAGCCUUGCCAAAAGCUUUCUUCGAUAAGAUAUGAUGGGGAUGAAACUGUACCACCACCAGAAAUAAAGAAAAGGAAUGAAGAAACAGGAAGUAAAUCAGGGAUGCGUGUGGUUCUGAGCCCAUUUGAUGAAAGCAACUCUUCAAAACCUCCUGUUGAUUUUGGUCGAGCAAUUGACAUUGUUGUAUCAGCACCAGAGACAAUGACAUUCUGUGAUGAUGUAUAUGGAAACAAUGCAGAGAAGAAGACUAUGAUCGAUGAUGACAGCGAGGAAUUAAAGUGUUUGCUCCAUGAAGAUGGUACCAUAACUAGAGAAAUGGCGAGAUCAGAUAAGAAGUGUUGCAGUGAAGCUGAGAAGGAAGAUGCUGAUGGAGGGAUCAGUGACAAGGUUCUAGCAUCAAAGGCAGACAACAAAAAAUCGAUCCCUUAUCAAAAACUUGCUUCUGGAUGCGCUAAUGGAGAUGAGACAAGCAAAGCAUAUAAGCCUAAGGUACUGAAGCGGUCUGAUGGAAAUCAGGCUCAUGCUUGUUUGCUUCCUGAUGAUGGAAUCAGAAGUGAAGAAACUAUGAAAUCCAACGAGCAGUUAAAGGUUUUUGAAAAGAGAAACAAUGAUUUGGGUGAGGGUGAUGUUGAUAAUGACACCACUGAAAAGAGAUCUCAAAAGCUGAAUGUGCUGGCAUUGUCGAUAGAGGAACGUGUUCUUAAGGCAGAAAGAACUGUGGCAUGGUUGAACCAAAGGAGAGCCAUAAAACAGAGAAAAGUAGCAGCAGCUGGUUUGAGUUAGGUGUUGUUGUGGACAGAUAAAGAAAUAGAAGUCAAAUGCAAGUUAAAUAUCAAAGUUCAGUCUCAUAUCUUUAUGAUCUUUUUGGUUUAGUUUCUUUUGCUUUCCCUGCUUAGUAAUAUUUUGAGGACUGGUUUUGGUUUAAGUGUUUCAUUUGUAUCUUUUUGAACCUACUCAGUUAUGAGCAACUUAAUAACUUCUUGGUGUGUUGCAUAUAAGAGUUUUCUUACA